AUGGGGGACGCCUUCUGGGAGCGCACAGCCAGGCUGCUGAUGGACUACCUGGAGUACUGCGCCUGCGAGCCCGGCACCCCCGUGCGGACGCCGUCCACGCCUGAGGCCGCCGUGCUGCCCGUGGCCGCCCGGAUACAGGAGACCAACCUGCACUUCUUGUCCCAAUACCGCGGCUUCCGCGAGAACCGCGUCGAGCUGGUGGCCUGGAUGGCGCAGGAGCUACUCGCCAACAACCGUGGCGGCCCCAGCUGGGCCCGCAUAGCAGCGCUCGUAACCUUCGCGUGGACGCUGCUGGAGAGGCCGCCGCGGGGGGCCCGUAGGCGGAAGAAGACGGAGAAUGAAGACGUUAGCAGAGACUGCCGGUUCCUGGUGGCCUUGCUGUGUGCUCAGCUCUCCGGACGGCACCGCGCCCGGCUGAUGGCGAACGGCGGCUGGGAUGGAUUUUGUCUCUUCUUCCAAAGUUCAUUGCAGCCAUCUUGGGAAAGACAGCUGGUCUGGGUUUUUCUCUCAUAUUCCCACACAGACCCAACCAAGCUUGCUAGCAGCCAGGGGAAAAGCACCCGUGAGGACAAGAAGCCAGCACAGAUCUGCUUCAGCAACAUCUUCAUGGCCAAAGGUGUUGCCGAUGCAUUAGAUCAAGACUUGGACCAAAAGGAAUGGAUAAAAUGA